CAAGAAGGUAUUUAGACUUUCCAGUUUCGCAAAUUCCUGGGUUUUUCACCCCUUCUACCCUAACUCACGCUUUCAACCGGAGUCAAAAUCCAUGUCCUUAAGUUCACAACCCGCGAAUAUAACCCAUACCCAUUCUAACAACUCAGUACCCUCCUCGUCCUCAAACGUCCUCACCCCCACUUCCAAUGCCCCGACCUCUACACCAUCCACCUUUGAAUUCACAAAGCGCAAACGCUGGGCAGAUCUCCUGAUACAUGAACUGUCGGAGGCGAUUAUUUUUGUGCUCUCCAACGAGUGCAAGGUCUUAUUUUGCUCAAGGGCCAUCUCAGAAUUGCUGGGUUGGCGAGAUACAGAACUUAUUGACAAGGAUCUCGUCGACUUAGUCAACGGCGAAGAUAAGCAUGCUUUCCGUGCGUCCUUUGAACAAUCACUGCGCUCGCGCAUGGAAAUGUUGUCCUAUGUUCGGUUCAAGUGCCAAAGCGAGUAUGCCUCCCCCGCGAAGGAGGUUCUGUUCGAAGUCAAGGGUUAUCCCCACUACAUCGAUGACGAACUAUACGCCCGCUGCUUUUUCGCAGUGGCAAAACCGUAUCCGAGUCGGAACACAGCAAUGUUAAACACUUUCCUUGAGCUCAAGAUUGAAAAUGAACGGCUGCAACAGCGUCUCGCAGAUCUCAGAGUUCGGAUGCCGCCAGCUUCUAUUGCCCAUACUGGUCAAUCGAUGCCUUCCAUCUAUUCUACCCCUUCCACUUCUCGUGCACCUGUCCAAUCGGCGACCCUCCGCCCUGUUGGCGAUUUAACCGCCACGUGUUAUACCGCUCAUCAGUCCAGCACGUCAUUUGAUGAUUUAUUGACACAAACAAAUCAUCAUCAACCACGGGGUUUUACUGAUCCUCCCAACGUGCUCACGUACGGCAGCUACGCUCUCACCGGCCCACCAGCCCAACAGCCGACAGAAGACAAUUAUGGUGACGAUGCUGCCAGAAGGAAAAAGAUCCGCAAGAUGCACGCCGCAGAGCAGUACGUUUGCGUAACAUGCGGACGUACGGAUUCCCCAGAGUGGCGCAAAGGCCCGCAAGGGCCGAAAACCCUUUGCAACGCCUGUGGCUUGCGAUGGGCAAAACAAGUACGCACUAAACAGGAUGAUGAACAGCCUAGCGCAGGACCUAGCACCUGAAUCAUUUUCCGCGCCAUUCGGCACGGCACGCCUGCCAACAUUCCGCCUGUCACGGAUAUAUUUUCCUCAUAAUUGAUGAUGAGGGUGAGGGGCGUUAUCUGGUCGCGUGCGGUCAUCUUGAAUGGCCGCCAAGUUGUUUUGGACGUCUUGGUACAUGGCUCCGCCAGUUUUUCUACAUAGAACCCUUUUUAUAUACACGGACACGCAAUAUGUAUCUUAGACACUGUCACAUGAUUUUUAUUCUUGGACAAACUC